AUGGUUGUCGAAUGCUCUUUUACAGGUUGUGCUGGACAGUCUGUUCCUCUCUACUUGCUCACACCUGCUGUCACGCUUGGCUUCUUAGCCUCAAUGGCAGCCGCCCUCUCAGCCUGUUUCUUCUUCUUUGCUUUAAUCGCAGCUGCCUUCUCAGCCUGUUUUUGCUUCUUCUAUGCAAUAGCAGCAGCCUUCGCUUCUUGCAACCUCUUCUUCUCUGCAAUCGCAGCCGCUUUCUCUUCUUGCUUCCUCUUUUUCUCCGCAAUCGCGACCGCUUUCUCCUCCUACUUCCUCUUCUUUUCCGCAACCGCAGCAGCUCUUUCCUCCUGCUUCCUCUUCUUUACAGCAAUUGCCGCCGCCUUCUCUGCCUGCUUCCUCUUUUUCGCCUCCAGAGCAGCCUUCUUAGCCGCAGCUGCCACCGAUCGUCACGCUGCCUCCUCCUUCCUCUGCCUCUCCACCUCCUCAGCACUCAACACAACAGGCCCUCCAGUUACCGACCCGCCUCCGCCUCUGCCUCCGGAGCCACCACCAGGACCAGUGCUAAUCAUUGAUGUGUUGGACGAACCACCACCGCCGGUUCCAGGGGCAGUGGUGUUUGUUGUUGACGUGCCACCACUGCCGGAUGAACCGCCUUGGUACCCGGGGCAUCGCGGUCCCUCGUCGCUGCCGUCCGCGCAGUCCACCACGCCGUUGCACUCGCCGCCCGGGGGCAUGCAGCCAACCUUUGACGGGCAGUAG